AUGAAGGAAAUUGAUGACGAAUUUGGCCCUAUAAGAAAAUCUGUUCACAAGGUUAAUGCAAACGAGAUUAUAGAGGACGUUAGAAUUGAUGGACAGUUAAAGAAAAUACCACUUCAACGCGGAAUUAAAAGACCCAUUGACCAUAUAAAUAGUAAAAAAGAAGAUGAAACCAUUAAAAGAAAGUCAGUAGAAAAAGAGGAUAGUUCAUCGCAGAAUUCUGGUGGACCGUCAGAUUCGGAUAAACAGCUAUUCAAAUCAUUACAACGCUACUUGAUUAGGAAAUUAAAUGGGAAUUUAAGCUUCAAGGAUUCGAAAGUUCCAGGUUUUUUGAAAGAUACUGCAUUUCAGCUAGAAAGAUUACUAAGGCAAUGUAUAAUUCAGAAAGAAAGCCAUUCUGCCAUAAUCAUUGGGCCUAGGUCUGGUUAUAAAUCAUUGUUAAUCAAGCGUGAAUUAGAAAGUUUGAGGGCGACACAUGAAGAGCAAUUCAUAGUUAUCAAUUUGAAUGGAUAUUUAAACUCGGAAAAUUCAGCCAUUAGCAGUAUUGCGGAACAAUUGGAAUAUGAACUCUCGAGGCGAAGCAAUAAUACGAUGCAAGGACAAAAAACAAAAGAUUUAGGAAUAAGUGAUGGUACUCCUACGGAAGUCUUCGAAAAUAUAUUGAAGUUGUUAGAUUCGUUUACUGUUACUCCAUUGAAAGGUGUCCAUUCUCAAAAAGAAAAGUCAGAACAUGUUACUUUAGUUUUUGUAUUUGAUGAAAUUGAUCAGUUUGCCGGCCCAGUUAGGCAAACGCUUCUAUACAAUUUAUUUGAUUUGGUUGAAACCUCAAGAAUUCCAGUCUGUGUUUUAGGUUUAACAACAAAAAUAUCCAUAAUGCAAUUCUUGGAGAAUAGAGUAAAAUCGCGUUUCUCUCAACGGAUAAUAAAUAUGCCCUUCAUCUCAAAUUUCGAUCAGUUUGUUCAAACAUUUGAGGAAUUACUGGAGAUAGACGAUGCUGAACUUAAGAAUCAAUUUUCAUGGAAUACAUACUUAAAGAGUCUACUUCGAAAUGAAAAGAGUGAAAUAUUUCGUGUAUUAAAGACCAAUUACGACAAUUUUAAGGAUACAGAAGUAAUUCGAAAUGCGCUCAUUCCAUCUAUUGCAUUGUCAAAAUCUUAUGAAGAGCUUACUCAAGAAAUUGAAACAUGUAUUAAAAUGAAAAAAUAUCUUGCUAAUCAACUUUCGGACACCGUUGCAUCAAAACUACGAUCCCUAUCUGAAUUGGAAUUGGGUAUUUUGAUUUCGGCUUGUCGAGUUGCUGUCAAGAAUGACGAAUUUAUAAACCUAACCUUAGUGCAUGAAGAAUUUACAAAACUAGGGAAAUCUCACAAAACUACAUUCGCUGAUAAAUUCAAACUUUGGACAAAGCAGGAUAUGAAAAACGUAUGGGAGAAUUUGGCUGUCUUAGAGUUAAUUACAGAAAGGGGUGCGAUAUCAGUAAAGUUCACGGAAGAUUCAGCAAUUCAGUCAGCGAACUACAAUUCAUCUACAAUGAGAGCGCCAUUUGAUCUUCGAACGUAUCAAGUUUAUGUCACACUACAAGAGUUAAGAAGAAUAGUACCUAAGAAUUCGCUUUUCUACCCCUGGACACAACUAUAA